UUUACCCUAAUGCACACAGAUGUUGGCAUACGACCAAGGCUGCAUGAGUCGCCUGAGAGACUGGAUAUCUUGGUGGGAAAUUUCCAUUUUGAAACCCCAGUCAGGAAUUGUUAAAACACCACUACUCCCACCUCACAAAUAAUUUAGAAAACAACUGAAGUAUGCUUCAGUGAAUGCAUUGUUAAUUGCCCUUCUUCAGCUCAUUCCAUUGGCUCCCUGUAGCUGCCUGCAUCAAGUUCAAGUCCUUGCUUGCCUAUUGAGUAACCAGCGGAAUUUCGGCCACCUACAUGGAAUCAUUCGUCAUUGGCUGGUCCCUGCAGAUCUGCGAGUGAACAACUCUUAGACUAGUGUUACCACCACCAUAUAUCAUAGUGUUAUGUUAAAAGCCUCAACAAUAGCUAUGUUAAGAGUAUCCAUAUUGAGGAGUAGAGAAGGCGAGAUCCGGGAAAACACCAACAAGGCCAAAUGUUCUAAUAUAAACACUGACAAACACAAGGAUUCAUUUGUGUGGGCUGACAAUGAAGUGGAACUACUGCUGAAGAUUACACUGGAAUACAAAUUGUUCGCAUGUGUCUUAUCCAAACUCUCCAUUGUAGUUUGUACCUGUAUUCAGAUUUAAUCCCAAGUGGGCACGCCUUUAAAUAUGAACCGACCACUGUGCUCUCAGUCUUGUGCCGGUAUUUAUCCUGAGAUGGAUUUCACCACCUGAUUUGAGCUGUAUUCUCAAACAACCCAACAAGUCCAUACCACAGCAUCUAUUCUUAAGCAGCAAAAAGACACACAUCAGUCACAUGUUCCAGUAUUUUCGAUCACUUGAAAGAAUGAGUGGGUUCAAACAAAACCGUGCCAAGUUCCAAAUGAAAGCUUUUGAGCUCGAACCCAAAUGCCUUGCUGUUCCAAUACUUUCAGAUCGGACUGUAUAAGAGGUUAUCUGAUCAAUCUGGAUAAUGUAUUGGUAUGCGGUUAUAUCCGUACUUUAAGUCGCUGGAUCAAAGCACCUACCCAAUGAAUAAAUCUAGACUAAAUGUUAUUUAUUUAAACCCUGCUGUUGGAGAGACAUAAAUGUUAUACUGUUUGGUACAUUUCCACACUAAUAUUGAAUCGCGUGAACUGCUUUCACAUCCUGAACCUGUCGAGAAAUAUUUUAAUGAUCUUAAACAUCUAAUGCCGGGGACGACCCUGGAUUUGUGUGUUCGCUUGGAGUACAGGUUGACCUGAGCAAUCCUUCCAAACAGAGGUGGAAGGAAGGAUAAAUGUAAUGUGAUGUUCUGAGAGAAUUAUCGGCGUCCUUCUUGAACUUGCACUAAAAUGAAUAUUACAUAAAGUCAAAAUUUUAAUUUAUGCACACAGAAGCUGUAUAAUUUUACUGUAUUUAAAUCUUUUUUAUUAUUAUUAUUUUUAUUCUGAGAUAGCCAUUGUGCAAUCUCUUGGCAGGGGCAACAAGUUUUCAGCAAAAAUAUCCUGAUACGUAGUAGAAUUCAUGAUUCCAUUAAUCUUCUCUAGAUCCCCUGAACUACCAGCCACAAAACAGCCCCAAAGCAUUAAUGAUUCACCUCCAUAUUUUAUGACUUGUAUUGCCUUCUUUAUAGUACUCUUGUCCACUGAACAAACUGAUGAAGUCUUGAUCUGGCAAAAACACCUUUCCAGCUGCAGAUUCAGUGGGACUUUAUGGUCACUUGGAGAUGCUGUCAGACUUAUUUUUAUGAAGGUGGUGUCUAUUAGCUGAUUUUAUAACGUGACCGUAUGUUCAUGCUCCCACCUUUCUGACAAAUUUUUUGUUGCUUCAGACUUGAUUUGACCUCCAGGGUCGGGGGUUCGAUUCCCACCGUGGCCCUGUGUGUGCAGAGUUUGCAUGUUCUCCCCGUGCUGCGGGGGUUUGCUCCGGGUACUCCGGUUUCCUCCCCCAGUCCAAACACAUGCCUGGCAGGUUGAUUGGCAUGUCUAAAGUGUCCGUAGUGUAUGAAUGGAUGUGAGUGUGUGUAUGUGAUUGUGCCCUGCGAUGGAUUGGCACUCUGUCCAAGGUGUACCCCGCCUUGUGCCUGAUGCUCCCUGGGAUUGGCUCCAGGUUCCCUGUGACCCUGUAGGACAAGCGGUAUAGAAGAUGGAUGGAUGGAUGGAUGGACUUGAUUUGUGCUUGAUGGUAUCUUUAACAUCUCCAUUACCCAACUUGCGCAGGCUCAGCGCAGGGAAACGUAUGUGUGGGAGCGCUAUGGGAAAUAUGAUGUGAGCGAUCCCUUCCUGGCCCUGCAGAGGGACAACGAGGCUCUUCGGAGCUCUGCUCAGGGCAGAGGAAAUGGUGCAAGUUGUUCACAGAGACGAGAGACAGACAGCAGACGCUCUGAUCCACUGACCAUGCUCAGGCUGGUGGUGGGACACUGCAGGAGAAUGCAGGAGAAGAUGUUGAAACAGCUUGCAGCUGCUGAGAGCAGGCACAGAAGGGUCAUUGCAGAUUUAGAGGAGGAGAAGAGGAGGCAUGCUGAGGAUACAGCUGAGGGAGAUGAUGUCACAUGCAUUUUAGAGAAAGACAGAGAGCGCCUCCUACAGCAGUUGGAGUUUGAAAAGACAAAGUUCGCCCGCAUGGAGAAGGAGAACAAGCGAUUGCAAGCUCAGCUGGAGGAUGAACGUGUACAGCACAAGCAGCUUAUGGCUGCGCUGGGGCGCGAAUGCAAACGCUCGAGCUUGCGUUCCCACGAGGAGGGACAGCGUGCCAGUGAGCUUAGUCGCCGCCUGGAACGCCAACGUGCCACCAAUCAAAGUCUGCGGGCGGAGCUUGAGGAGGAGAAGACGCGUGCCAUGCAGAUGGAGGCGAGAAGGGAAGAGCUGCUGGCUGAGAUCGAUACAGAAAGGGAGCAGAUGAGUCUGCGGUUGAGACGGGAAGAGGCAUGCAGCAGUGCUCUACAGGAGGAGGUGGGGAGGCUGAGGAGAGAGGUACGACAGCUCAGGGGAGAGGAGGACAUGGAGGAGCAUAGUAGCGAGUUUGGGGAGGUGAGAAACGGUUCAGUAGAGGGUGGAACAGAAAAAUCAGACAUAAUCCAGCUGGAGAUUAACGGUCAUCAGACUCCAGUAGAGGAAGGAGGAAGUGGCUUGAGGCAGAGGAAUGAGAAUGGAGGAGAAAAUGGAGCUUUUCAUUUUACUCUAAGCUCUGACUGUAAUGAACUGACUAAUGGGAACGUGUCAUCCGCUAAUCUGAAUAAUGAGAGUCUUCCAGCAUUUGGCACAGGCUCUUCUCCUGAGACAAGGUCUUCCUCUAGCCUACAGGCUGCCUACCAGGCUGGGAUCCAACAGCGUUUCCAUGCAGCACGUCACAAAUUCCAGUCCGUUGCUGAGCAGGACCCCCAGCUGGGCUCACCUGUCCCUCAUUCCCCUCGUGAGCUUUCACCCUGUGCCACCACAGAUCCUCCAGCAGAAUGCAGCAACUCCAAACAGGCAGGCCGCAGCACAGUUACUCAGGCCGUCAACCGCUUCAGCACCAAACCGGCAUCGACACCCAACAGCUCACCCUUUGGCACAGACUACCGUGCCCUGUCCCCAUCCGGAGCUCUGUCUCCUGGAAUUCGCUCUCCCACAAUACCCAGGGUUGAUAGGGGCGUCCCUCCACCUAUUCCCCCUAAGAAACCGGGCCUGGCUGAGACCCCACCCUCCCCCGCCACCCUCAGAGCUGCCCACGUGGCUCAGAUAUUAGCUGGAUGUGGACGUAAAAGCACAGAAAACAGCAAAGAACCAGACCUGCUGUUGUCUUCCAGCAGCUAACAAGCACACCUUAUCCAACCAGUCAUGAGUUCUGCAGUGGCACUGCCACAUCAUCAUAUUUAUGCCUGCUAUGAUAAUGCCAUUAAUCACAGACUUCAUUAUAUGAAGUCAUAUCAUAUCUGUUAUCUGUUAUCAGUUAUAAGUAAGGAAUAACACUUGACGGGCCAUGCUCUUAUACGAAAGUAAGCCAUGCCUGGGUGAUGUGACACCCAGAUUCCCACCUGAAGUGAACUAUUUUUAUGACACCAUGGCCCGAAGAGUGUUCCUCCGCUUAUAACACAGCAGUUUGCCAGCAAUGAUAUUUUUUAUUUAUUAAUGAAAGCUUUUGAACCAUUUAUAGUUGCAUUUAGUGUUAUGGAACGUCCUGUGAGUUCCUGUUAUCACUUAUCAUGUUAUAACAGCUAUAAACAUUCAUUAGCUCACCAGCCUCUCUCUUUUUUGGAAUCUUUGCAUUGAAGUUAUUAAUACAAAAAACAUGCAGCUUGUCGAGUUAGUGAGAAAAAUUUAAUUGUUAAUUCCUCCGACCUGACGACUUUUCCAAAGACUUUUACUUUCACAAGACCCUGAAUAACUGUUACGAAGCAUUGACACUUGAGACCACUUCCAUAAAUGUUACAUAAACUUCACAUAUCAGCAGGUGUAGGUUUAUCUUUGAGCAUCCACCAUAUAAUUCUCAGUGAAUGAGCUGUUACUAAAGAAACGGUAACGGAUUAACACUAGCGCGUUAGUAAAAAACAACAACAACAACAGUGCCGUGUUAUAGAAAAUGAAUCCACACUUUCCAAUUUAAGAAUUCAAAUAUGCUGUGGGAUAAAUCACAAUAUUUAACAUAAUAUCUAAUGUAAUAUUUUUACUCUCAAAGUUCAACAAUCAGUAUCAAGGUUUUCUUUUGGCUCUGUUUUCUGUCCAAUGAGAACUUCCAAUGUCGGAAUAAGCUUUAAAGCAGUACCUGUGGGAAAAAAAAAGACAAUUAUCUUGACAAAAAAAUGAUUAUUUGAACAUAUUUUCUCGCCACAUUAAAACACUGUUGAGCUUCGGUUCGGUGUUGGUAAUUAUUGUGUGUUAAUUAUGAAAGAAGGCUUUGAGGGAUUUUUUGGUACUUUUAGAAAGUCAUGUUCAGUCAGAGGUAAGUUGAACAUUUGUACAAUUACCGUUUACUAUGGUUCUGUGCAUAUACCUUUGUGUGCUCAACAUAUGCUUAUGUAUUGUAUACAGCCCUCUUUGAGCAGCCAGGUUUUCAUAAGUUCUUAGACUUCAUAUGCAUUUUUGGCAUAUAUCCAUAUCUGAAAUGUUUUCUAGUUUAUACACUGUAAUGUAUUUUUGUGACAGUUUGUAUGUAACAGACAACCACGCUUUUAACAGCUUUUGUCAUUUGUGCAUAUGUAUAUAAAAUAUUAUACACCAAUGAUUAACUUUUAAGUUCUGCUUUAAUGCUAUAUCUGUGAGAAAUCCCGAGGUAGCACAACCAUAAUAUUUGGAUGUUUAUGUCUGAGAUUCAAGCUUAUUAGUGUUCUUAAUAUUGUUGUUCUUAAUGUUCCCAAUCCAAUGUAUUCCAUAUCAGUGUUAUAUAAUAAUAAUAAUAAUAUAAUGUAUUAUGAGAAUAUAAUUGGACAUGAGUUAGGAAAGUAUUCCUCUGCGUAUUAAAUAUAUAUACUUGGUCAUAGCAUCAAAUACAUAACUCCUUUACUCAUGAAGGUUUUUUGUAUCUCUUGAAUCAAGCCACCAGGGGGAAGCAACUGAUUAGCUCACAGUAAAGGUCCUUUACCCAUUUCCUUCCUAGUGAGCUGUGUAUAACAUGCUUAUAUUUCUGUCUUGUAUCCAUGUUAAGACUUAAAUCAUUCAGAAAAUAAUGAAUUAUUAACCGGGACAGUAUUUAGUACUAAUCGGUUUUCAUUUUUAGUUAUUAUUAUUAUUAUUAUUAAUAUUAUUAUUCUGACUAUCUUUAUAUUGGCUUUAAAAAACAAAACAAAACAAAAAAACACUAAGCCGGUAAGUGUGAAAAAUGUGCGAACUUCACAGGCAUCCAUGUGAGACUAACGGACUAGGAGCCUCUCCCUAAAUCCAUAAUCCCCUCGUUAUAUCUCUCUAUGUGUGACAUAGGAGACAGAAGCAAACAUGCAUGAAGUAUGUGCUGCUCUGGUGCCCUGCUGUACAGCUCCUAAUAAUGAACUUCCCCGCGUAUUUAGGUUAGGAAUUAAACCGAAAAAUAACUUUUACCAAAAAAA